AUGCGUGGACGUAUGCGGAAGGAGAUUGCGAUGCUAGAGAGCGACCCGCCGUUUGGCGUCAGCGCAUGGCCUAAAGAUGACCAGCUCGACCGUCUAGAAGCACAAAUUAUGGGACCAGAAGGUUCUCCUUACGAAAGAGGUUUGUUCAAUCUCGAGAUUGAUAUUCCCGAACGUUACCCAUUUGAACCGCCAAAAGUUCGCUUUUUGACGCCUAUUUAUCAUCCAAACAUCGACGAUGGUGGAAGAAUCUGUCUCGAUACACUUAAGAUGCAACCCAAGGGUUCAUGGCUACCAUCGGUUAAUAUUUGUACACUACUGACAACAAUUCGCUUACUCAUGGCAGAACCGAAUGCAGAUGACGGACUGAUGCCGGAUAUUGCAGACAUUUUUAAGCACAAUCGUGAGCUGUUCAACUCAAACGCAAGUGAGAUGACCUUGCAACAUGCGUGCAAUCUUCAAGCUUCGACUGAGAAGGAUGAUUUGAAAGAGAAUGAAAAAAAUGAAGCUACUAUUCCCGAUACCCAAGUGGCGAAAGACUUGUUUCAAACGAAAGAUUUGAAUUCUUCAGACGACGCGUUCAGCGACGGCUUUUCAUCUAGCGAAGAUGAGGAAAGUGAUUCUUUUCAGGAUGAAAUUGAAACGAAUCCACAAAGUAAGCGAGUACGCCGAGAAUAG